CCGUUUGCAACACCAAAUGUCAAAAUUGUCAAAAGUUUCUCAUUGGCUGUGUAAUUUUUAAAAAUAAGUUUUAAGCUCAAAAAUGAUGUUUUCUAUCAAUAAGUUAAUAGUUUGUGUAUUAGUGGUUAGUUUUUCUUCAAUUUCUCAUUGUCACAAUAAAUACUCUGCUGAAGCAAAUGUGAAAAAAACGAAUGAUGAUGUUGAUUUUCGUCCGGUGACACUAAAACACUUGGAUAAGCCUUUCAGGAUGGCAAAAUUAAAUCUAUUAUGGUCUAAAGCUGUUGUGAGACUCUCCGAACCAAAACUAAAAUCGCUUUUUGGUGAAUUAAAAUUGCACGAUAAAGAAGAAAUCACUUGGAAGCAUUUAAAAGCAGAAGGAAAGGAUAAAGACGGUUUAAAAGAAGCUGAAUUGAGGAAAAAAUUGCUGGCAAUAAUGGGAAAUUAUAAUUUAUUAGACCAAGCUGACGACGUGCAAGAUCCUUCUAAAUAUAGAGCUCAUAAACCAUUAAAUGAAGCCUCUGACAAAUACAUAAAUAAGAGUCUAUUUAAAGAUAAAAAGUUGAAUAAACUUUGGGAAAAAGCGGAAAUUGCAGGUUUUACUACUGAGGAAUUGGCAGCUUUAAAAGAAGAAUUUUCUCACCACCAGGACAAAGUUGACCAGUAUUAUGCAUUGUUGCAUGAUGUUAAAGGCAGAGAACAAGACGAUAAUGCUGCUAAUUCAGUUGAUGAUAGUUUGGAUAAGUUCAACACUAUUGAAAGCUUGGAAGAGCCACAACCAAAUAAAGAUUAUUUAGAUAAAGUAAACCUCCUCAGGGAGCAACACAAAGAUAUCCGUGACGGCUAUGACCGCUUACAUCUGUUGGCUGCAAAGGGGCCCAACAGUAAAGAAUUUGUGGAACCCAAAGUUCAAGGUUUAUGGAAAAUUGCUAUUGAAAGUAAUUUUAAACCCGAUGAAUUGGAAUCUUUAAGAGUGGAGCUCCUCCAUUAUGAAAAUAGGUUGCUCAAGUUGAGGCAUCUUCAGGCUGAAGCUGCCUUAAAAGAAAAUCUUCAUAAGAAAAAAAUGGAAAUGUCUGGAGCUAAACCAAAUGGGAUGCAGAUGAUGGAAGACACAAUUAAAAAGCAUGCAAGAAAAGUCGAAAAAAUUCAUUUAGAUCUGGAAACUAGGAUAAUGCAAAGGCAUAUCGAGUUGUAAUUAUACGAUUAGUGUUACGUGUUUUGUCAUUAACAAAAAAUAGAUUUUUUAUAUGUAUUUGUAAAAUUAUUAAAUAUAUUAUCACAAAUUAUAAAAAUGUUAAUUAAAAA